AUGGUUCCCACGCAAUGCCCCCGGGGCAUCAUCAUCAUCAAUGUGAGGAAUUGCGAGGGAGGGUCCCAAGUCCGCAUGACGAUCCACCCGCGCCUCGUGCUUUAUCAUCGUCUGAAUUGUGCGAGAGGACGGAGGGGAAAGAAGGGGAAGUCCGGAGAUCCUGGUCCACCGGGCCCAAUAGGAUUGGAUGGACCCCCUGGACCACCAGGACCAAAGGGAGAACCCGGGCUCUCUGCCUAUGAUAUCAUUUCAAAUGCCAAAGGUGUGAAACGAUCCUUGACUCGAUUACGCAGUGGAUCCCUGGGCUAUGCUGCCGAGCUCAUUGCCAUUAAGGGUGAGAAAGGUGAUAGGGGUGACUCAGGUCCCUCUGGUCCACCCGGAGCACCAGGUAGACCGGGACUGGAUGGAAUUCCUGGCCCACCCGGGGAAGUUGGACCGCCUGGUCUGACUGGGGAGCCAGGAAUGCCUGGCCCUGUUGGUGAACCUGGAUCUACAGGCCUUUCUGGGGAGAAAGGUCAGAAGGGAGAACGAGGUCUCACGACGACGAUCGAUGGGGACAGUUUCCCGACAGGAUUCCUGGAGGGGCCACCAGGUCCCCCCGGUCCCCCAGGACCGCAAGGCCCACCUGGCCCCAAGGGCCAGCUUGGUGAACUGGGACCCCCUGGCAAGGAUGGUGUCACUGGCGAACCCGGUCGACGAGGAAGACGAGGGAAAAGGGGGAAGCGAGGGAAAGACGGGGAUGCUGCGAAUCAGGGUCUCCCAGGACCCCCAGGUCCUCAAGGUCCCAUUGGCGAAACGGGACCUGCCGGUGACAAGGGUGAGCCAGGCCAGGGAACCCCUGGCCCCCCUGGGAACCCUGGCCUCCAGGGACCACCUGGCCAACCUGGACUAGAUGGAAAACCUGGACCACGAGGACAACACGGACUUCCGGGCCGGACAGGUGAAAAGGGAGAGAAGGGCGAAAUGGGUGACCUGGGACCACCUGGCCUCAUGGGUCCCCCUGGACUUCCUGGACCCCCUGGCUUCCCGGGUGAAAAGGGCGAUCAGGGUCCGAAAGGAGAAUCGGUGCAGCUCUUUGAUGAGCAUGUAGUAGCUGUGAAGCACCAAGCCUCUCGUCCCGUCUCUGCUAGCGAGUCGUUCUGGGACUCUGGGAACAGCUUGGAAGUCGGCGAGAAAGGAGACCGAGGAGAACGCGGCCCCAUGGGUCUUCCGGGUCCGAUGGGUUUAUCGGGAGAACCUGGAGACGACGGGAAACCGGGAAUGAUUGGACCCACGGGGACGAAAGGGUCAAAGGGAGAUAAAGGGGAUGCUGGUCCUUUGGGUCGCCGGGGGAAGAAGGGUGACAAGGGUGACCGGGGGCCACCUGGAGUACCCGGCCUGGAUGCACCCUGCCCCCUGGGUCCGGAUGGAUUACCCUUGCCCGGAUGCGGGUGGAGGUGGCCUUCCCCCUCUCCGGUGCUUGGAAUCCUCCGAGAGUCCCUCGCCUUCCGUAUGGCCUGCCACGAUGUUCGAGUCACGAGAGCGCUGGACUCCCGCUCCUCGGAAAACGAUCGUCUUCCGUCUCAUCUCUCGUGGAGAAUCUCGUGGCCGGCAGACGACCGUCUUCAGUCUCGUCUCGUCUCGUCGAAGGACUUCGUGCUACGCCGCGCAGCCGAAUUAAACAGACCGGUUCGGUGUACGCGUUUCCCUACGAACCACUUCUACGGUCGAGGUCACGGUCGUAGCGAAGCCUUUUCCAAGCAUACACGCAAUCGGCCUCCGAAGAAAUUCGGGGAUGAACGGACGGUGGCCUAUGGUCCGUGGGAGUCCGUGACAUCGUUCCAUCGUUUCCAUGUCGAGGAUCCAUCGCGAGACUCGAAGAACGUGAAUCCGAUCCGUUCGGUCGUGGCAGCCCGCGAUGUGGAAGCAGUGGCAGAAUGCGAAGAUGUUGAAGUCCUUCAGGAGUAUUUGGCUCAUGGAGGGAAGGGAAAAGAGUUGCUUGAUGCUCUUUCUACUGCCUCCUCGAUGAAGCAAUCCCAAAUCACCCAGGUCUUUAGGACUCUCAACUCUUUGCUUCUUUGGCUGGCUACAGAAUCCUACGAUGUUACAAUUGCAGAGGAAGUUAUCAGGAGACUUCUGCAGCAACAUCUCAAAGUGCUCCUGUUUGGUCUUUCAGGGAAAGCUGGUCACAUCAAAGAGACUCUCAAGCUUCUUUCCACUGCAGUGUGCGUGAGCGUAUGGUCAGCACGACAGGUUCUCUCUCAUGUGAACUUUGAUCAUCCAUCUCUGCUGACUGCAGGAGGUCGUCGUGAUCGCAAGGACCUUCAUGAUGUCCGAACUUGUUUCCUCCACUUCUUUGUUGCCUUCUUUUCUCAUCACAAUGGACACAUCAUUUCUGAACUUCUCACAAAGCGAGCAUUCGUGACUCGAGUCCUCACUGGUCUCAGAUUUGACUCUGAAGAAUCUGUGGAGCUCAUAUUAAAGACCAUAACCAAUGGAUGCCUAAAGAACAAGGCAGUGUCCAAGACGAUCAAGGUGAAGACAUUUUCAGUGGUGACUUUGAAAGGGAUUUUGGAGCUUCAUGGAUGGAAAGGUCCUUCAGCCUGGAUUCCUAUUCAAAAGAAGGUCAAGAAUAAGAGAGGAAAAAAGAGGAAACAGAGUUCUGGGGAUGAAGAAACAGAUGAGACUGGAUUCACCAAACUGAUUGCCAUUUUGAAGAUUGAGGAGGAGGAUGAAAAAGAUGACCAUGACCAAUUGGAAGAGGCAUCUGAAAAGAAGCAUGUGAUCACAAGGAUCAGAGAAUUGACUGAGACUUUCCUCAGAGUUCUAUGCACAUCCUCACAAGAUGGAAUUGUCUUCAUUGAUGAAAGCAUGGGCCUUUUAGGACAGGUCAAGAAUCGUGUCAUCCUUGGAAUCCUCAAGGCCAUGCAGAAUAAUUUAUCAAGGUGGGGGUCUUUAAUCUGCUCCAUUUUGAAAGUCUGUCCUGAUCUAUGGAUUCCCUAUUGGAAGCACCUCCAGCCAAAACUCACACUUACAGUUCGACCUUUGGAAGCUGAUAUGUGGAAACUUGUCACCUCGCAUUGUGAUGCUCUAUUGGAUGUUGUGGAUAUGGAUGGCCUGAAAAAGACAUGGGAGCAAUAUCAUCCUGAUGCAACUGUGAGGAUUCUUAUUCCUCCUCAGCUCUCUAUGGUCAUCUCAUCAUCCCACACCCUCCCAUUACCCCUGGCUAUGCCCAAGCCAACAGUCCUCUACCAAAUGUGGGAGAUGGCCCAAGGUGAAAAGAGCAAUCAGGAGUCCACAGCUGAGUUCCUAAGGAACAUAUCCUUGUGUAUGGGAGAUUACAAGGAUUGCUUUCCUCAUUCUGUGCCAUUACAUCCCAACAUUGUGUCCAAAUGCCUGGCCAAUGUUUCAAUUCUCGCUCAACCUGGUGAUCCUCUGUGGGCAGAAUGUCUACUGAAUCUCCUUCUCCUCUUCUCUGACUCCAGUCUCAUUCAUGCCUAUAUCAGAGACAAGGAAGUGAUGGAGAAUCCCAUCUAUAUGGCCCUUCAGGCCAUGAGGAAUGAUAAGGGUGAUGAAGAAGAACAUGGCAGAGAAGAGAAGCAGGCAAUCAUAAGUAGGCUUUUCUCCUCCCUUGGAAUGUGCACCCCAGCUUUCAUCUCCAUGCUUGUACAAGAGAUGAGCUUUGGAAUGGAGAGUGCACAUCUCUUGACCAGAGCAGCCAGAGAUAUCCUCAAUGGAACAUCAUCUAUUGGAAACCCUGCUUCCAAUCUCCUUCCUUCUGCACUCCACCUUGAAGAGUUCUGCUCAGAGGUGCAGCACCAGGACAAUACCAUCAUUGUGCAAGACUCAUCUGACACAGGUCCAACCUUCACCAAUGAGACAUUCAUCAUGUCCCUUUUUAAUUUGCUGUCUUCUGAAGAGGAAGGAAACUCUGAGGGGUGGGAGUUUGUUUCUCGCCUAGCAUGUCAUGCCAUCCACAUGGCUGAAGAUCCUAAGUUUCUUUGUGAGCAAAUCCUAACAUCAUUACCAUCUACACCAGCCAUGAAAAAAUUCCGGACAUACUUGAAUGCCCUGUGUGGGAAGUGGAAACACAGUGCAAGUGUCCAUCCUGACUGGAGAGACCCAACUGAGGCUCUCAAACUGAUCUUCAUCAACCAUGACCGAUAUUCCCUGAACCAAAGCUCAAACUUUGAAAUUGUGUCUGGGUUUGAGAUGGCAUUGAAAGAGAGACAAGAUUCUGUUACAUCUCUGAUGGUGAUGAAUCAGCUACAUCUAUACCUUCGUCUUAUGGCAGAGCAGAACAAAGAUGAAAGCAAUUUCAUCAAGCUUCUUCUCAAUCUUCUGCUUUUAACAGUGAAGAUGAAAGGCAGUUCGUAUCUGGUCUUGCACGAUCUGUCUCUUUUCCUCCAUCUAUGCCAGUCUCUUGGAUCAUCAUGCCCAGAAGCCUGGAUGCUUCUGGCUGAAAUUCUUCAAGGUUCCAAAGUAAUGUAUCAAGAAGCUAUAGAUUUCAUAUUUGAUGAAUUAAAAGAGUCACUUCAGCAGAAGAGAGCUUUGACACACCUCUCAGCUUUGAUUAUUUCAGCUGUCCAAUAUUUCUCUGCUCAAGAUGUAUCAGCCCUUCUUAGACUGGUUGUUUCAGCUUGUCAAGGUGCAUCAAAAAAAUAUAUUGCUCAACUCUCCUCCUUCCUUGCAAAUGGAAUGAAGGCUUGGAGUCGUGUUGUGGUUGAGUCAUUGAAAAAUCAUGUUCCUGGACCAAUUAUUGAUGUGGAGAGUCAAGAUGUUGUCAAGGUGUACUUACUAGUUCGAGAAAAUGAAAUAGACCCCAGGGAUUUGGAUCAGUCAUUCUCAUCUUGGUUGAUGGCACUUCCCAACCCAGUUGAUGGUGUCUUGGAUGAGGAACUUGCUUCUCAGGUGAUCCAGGUGCUUCUGUCAUGUCAAGUGUUACCCAAACGACUGAUCAAGUUCAUCCUUAGACACUCAGAUAAAGCAAGAGAACAGCUGUUGGUGUUGACAAGGAAGAGACACUUGAACAUUGAGACUUGCAAUCGACCUGAUGUGUUCAGUAUCUUGCAGUUGCUUUCACCUUGGCCUGAGGAGCUUGACAAAUUCAUAUGUGGCCUUGUCUGGUCCGAGAUAAGAGAGAGACACAAUAAGAAGAUUGUUGAUGCUUUCAUCAAGGAUCUACCAGAGGAUGUAUCCAUGGAUGGGAAUAACUUGGUGCCCAGAGCUAUUCUUCAACUUGGGAAGAAAUCCUAUGGGACAAGUAAGGAAAGAACUUGUGAAUUACUGGAAGCCAUGGGAUCCUUGGUCUCCCCUGAGGGUUCCUCAUAUCUCCAGAUGCUCCUUUUGAGAAUGCACAGGCAGAAACUUGGUACCCUGUUGAUUUACAUGGUGGAAGCUAAUCUGGACUCCCCAAGCCGAUUCACCAGCUUUCUUAGUUUCAUAGCCUCCUCUGCUGAGUCCCAGCCUCAUAUCCUGGAGAUUUUACAAGAAGUGCAGAUUUUUAGAGCCAUCAGAAGGCAUCCUAAUUUUGAAUCUAUCCUCAUUGGUGAGGAUGACACAGGACAUCUAUCAAGAGAGAUUGUGAUCAAGAUCAUCCUGUUGCUAACCAAGUUCAAUCCUGCAUCUUGUUGUGAAGCACCUCUUGUCCCCAUCUACCUUGUGGCUUAUCAAGCUACCAUGGAUGAUAUUGACCGACAUCUGCUUCAGUUACUGGCCUUACAUGAAUCCCAGGGUCACUCAGUGGGCUCCCUUGGCUCCCUCAUCCUUUGGGGAUCUUCUGCUGCUAAUCACUUUUCUGUAGGAUCCAACAAGACACCAGCUGUCAAACAGCAGCUCUCUCUUUGGGGUCAGACACAUCCAGAUGCUGUCCUCUCUCUGCUUGAUUCAGAGAGACUGGGUAUUACUGCCCGAAAUUUCCCGAUUGACCUUCCCCUUGAUCCAUUUGCUCCUCUGCCCAAAAGCUUGGCUCGAAAAAAACUCAUCAGGCCAGAGGACAUAUAUGAUCCCCGGUUCCUCCUCCCUCUGCUGUUUGAUCUGCUAAAGCCAGAGACUCCUCUGAAAUGUGGAAGCUUCAUUGCCUGUGAGGCUCCAGCUGUGAUUUUUGCCUCCCUUGCCUCGCAAGACCAAGUGAUGAGACUUGCAGGUGAAACCCUUCUUGCUGCAUUCCAUGCCAAGCUGGAAGAAUCAAGGUUGAAAGAGAAGGAACUUUGGUUGGGUGUGGUGAAUGGAGUCAGAAGGGGAAUGGCUCUGCUUCAUCCCAGACAUCCUCUUCCACCCCUUCAUGCAUCAUUCCUUGUCAAAGCUACUCACAUUCUCCUAGAUCCUUCUCGCCCUCUCUUUCGUCCCAUUGGACGUUACCUUCUCCUUCAUCCCUCACUCAACGUCAAAAUUGUUCCCGAGUUCUACAUCCUCUUUGAUGGACAGACUCAUGACUUCCAUCUGAGACGGUAUUGGACAUUCCUCUACUCUGCAUUGAGUCAAAAAUUGGAAGCAAGUGAUGUAUUGGUGGUAUCUCAUGCUCACAGCCAAUGGAUAUUGAAGCUUCUGAAGGAAGGUGUGCAGGGAAUUCAGGACUACAAGGUGCUACAACAUCGACUCACUCUGAAGAUGAUUCUCUCCUUCUUCACAAGUCCUCUUGCUGACACUGCAUCACAGAUCCUGAUAUUGGAGUUUCUGGAGAAUCUUUUUCAUGCUUCCCGCACAGCAGCACUGAAGCUGGCCCUGCGACAGAAUUUCCUAGACUGGUGUCUUGCUGUGCUCGGCAAAACUUCAGACUUGGUGGUGUCUCGGGAACACCUCAUUCACUUUGUGAGGGUUGUGAAUGCCCUCUGGGGUCGCUUUAAAUCAGAACUGUUGAAGACCUUUGGUUCUUAUUCAAGCCACAAUGGUGUUGAUCUUGAUCUUAAGACUUCUCUGCUGCUCUUACUAGAUGGGAUCUUUCCAGAAAUCUACUCAUUUGAAAUAUGUCAGCACCUUGAGAAGAAGUUCCCACAUCUUGACCAUGUAGACGUGACUGAUCUCCAGAUGUUGUACCCUGAAGGAGGGAAGAUGGGAAAGCUUUCUAUUGCAACAGUUCUCUGAUUGCCGGCAAAAAAUUCCGGAUUUUAUGGUGUCUGUGAUGUGCUUGCACCAGCGUACGCCAGAGAAAGGUCAGAUGAUGGGACCGUGGCGGCACCUACUACUAACAAGUUAAGUGGCUUGCGUGGUACCCCAAUCCUAAGUCGGCCGAUACCACCGAGGAAGCAGAUCGGUCGCUUGACGGGAGAGAAGCCCUCCUCAGCCAGCAUUCCAUUCCUCGACUUCUGGGUCGGAGUCGGGAAGUCCGGAUCACUCCACCUCUCGGGUUAUCUCUACGUAAUCUUGAUAUUUUCAACGAGCGUCCGUACAGACGUACGCCAAAACUUGGGCGAGAAAUGCAAAUACUCGAUGCAGUACCAACCGUAUCGCGGCUACGAGUUCCUCUUGCGGGAGAACCUCAGACGAGAAAGGAAGCCGAUCGAGGAGGCGAAAAGCAAGGUCGCUGCCAUUACCUUCUAUUAG